AUGAGCCUCUACAUCACAAGACGUGAUGGUCGUGAUGGCAUACAAGGUCCUCCUGGACCAGCUGGUACACCUGGAAGAGAUGGUACCAAUGGUAAAGAUGGAAGUAAAGGGGACAAAGGAGAACCAGGACCACCAGGACCUUCUGGACCAAGAAAUGGAGGUGUGGUCUUUACUAGAUGGGGACGUACCACCUGUCCUACAACCAAUGAUACAGAAUUACUCUACAAAGGGAAAGCUGCUGGGAGUCAUUUUGAUCAAACUGGAGCAAAGAUUACAUGUCCUAAAACAUGGACCACAGAAUAUCAAGGUUAUCUCAUGGCUGAACGAUAUGACCACAAACGUAAUGCAGUCUAUGAAUGUGUUGAUAAAGAUGCUGAAUCUAUUCCAGGAAGUGUUGCUAACACUAAUGGUGCUUUAUUCUAUCAUGUUCAAGCUCAAUGUAAUGGUCUUCUCUGUCCUCCUUAUGACAAGGAGAAAAGAGCUAGCUUGUGUG